CGCGGUUGUCUUGUGACAGCAGGGACAUCAGCCGUCAUGUCGUCGCGGUUUACAGAUGUGGAGUUCCAGAGCGCGUGGAGGGAGCUGGAUGAGCCGCAGCUGGAGGGGGGGUGGGAGCUCUUCGUGGAGGCGAUGGGGGUCACCAUCUAUCGGCUGCUCGACAAGGGAUCUCAACUUUAUGAGUACAAAGUCUUCGGCGUGCUCGCCACCACCGCAGAGCUGUGUGCAGAUGUCUACAUGGACUUGGCCUAUCGGAAACAUUGGGAUAAAUAUGUGAAAGAGCUCUAUGAGAAGGACUUCAGCGGACAGACUGCGAUCUACUGGGAGGUCAAAUACCCAUUUCCUCUGUCCAACCGAGACUACGUGUACGUGAGGGAGCGCCGAGACCUGGACGUGGACGGCAGGAAGAUCAGCGUGAUCAUGGCCCGCAGCGCGCCCGAGGUACCGUGCGCGGAGCUGAGCGGCGUGCUGCGCGUGAAAGACUACAAGCAGAGCGUCGCCCUGGAGAGCGACGGGGGCUCCGGGACGAAAGUUUUCCUGAACUACUUCGAUAACCCCGGCGGCAGCAUCCCAACCUGGCUGGUGAACUGGGCCGCCAAGACCGGGGUUCCUGGUUUCUUGACAGAGAUGCAGAAGGCCUGCAGCAAAUACAGCGACUACUGCGAGAAGAAGUGACCCCUCGAUGCUGCGUGAGCUCAUUCCACCCCUCCAUACAGGGAGGGAGGUACGGGGGGGAGGGGGCGUGGAGGAUGGCGUAGGCUGCUACUUUGUCCUCGCAGCACGCCGUUGACUCAGGCAUGAGGUGCCUGACUCCCUCACCACCAGGCUGCUGUGGAAUAAAUUUGGUUUCAUUGUACCGUAUCAAUCAAUACAGUGGCGUCACUCUUUGUCUUGAGCCUUUUUAAUAAAAAUACAAAUCAAUGAAUAUAUUAUAUUAUUAUUACUACGUCAGAACAAUGAUUUGUUUAAAAAAACAGCUGGGGAUCUAUUUUCUAAGUCUUGAUUUAAAUUGUCUUCUCUGAGUACUACAACAAACUCUAAAUAUAUGUACUCCAAAAAAUGUAUUUCACCAAUUUCCACGGAUGGAAAAAGAGAGAGUAAAUACAAAUGUAGUCCCCGUCUGUUUUAAAGAAGAUUUUUCAGCAGAAAAUCAACAGCGGAAAGAAAACUAUUCAUCAUUGUUCACUUUAUUUUUUCUCACUUGCCUCUCAGGGCUUUCUUUUAAUUGAUUCAUGUCAUAGACGUUUAUGUAUGCUACUGUAUGUUUUGAUCAGUGGAAUCUUCCUCACUGUUCAUUUUAAUUCACAGAAUUAAUCAAUUAGUUUUAAUUAAGGGAAAAAGACAAAUCUGUACUUGGGGAGGAAUGUUGCCUGAUGAAUUUCUUAUGAUCAAUUUUCAUGUGUUCAUUGCUUUAUGAUACUCAAUGCUGAUUUAUUACGGGUGAAAAUGGUCAAAGGUGCCGCUUAUCUGAGAUGUACUGUAUAGAUUCAGGCUGUACAUUUUUACUCAGGUCAUGAUAAAAAAAAACUAACUAUUACUGUGUAAUAUUCCUGUGUUAUUGAAAAUAAUAAACUUUCCUUCUACACAGAA